CACUGCUAACCUUUUUAUGCCUAACCUUAAAUUAAGACCAAAAACUGAUUUUAGUUUUCAUGAAUUUUUACGAUGUACACUUUUAAUUUUGUGGCUGUGUAGUGACAACCCAAUGUCAGUGACUCGUGCCUUAGCACAGCGUUAAAUUACUGCGCUUCAUACAUUUACUACAUUGCAGAUUGAUAUUUAGGAAACGGGGGUCAUCUAACUCAGCAUCUUGCAUAUGCGAAUCAUCCACCUGCUACAGGAACAUGGCACCAGGACCAGGUUUCAGUGAUGAAAAGAAUGAGACAUGCUGCGAGAGUGAAAGCACUGUCUAUGUGCAUAACCCACACCUGGAUGGGAUGAAAGAAGACGUUCUCUACCACUUUAACCUGGGGACCUCCACACACAACCUGCCUGCCAUGUUUGGAGAUGUCAAGUUUGUGUGUGUUGGGGGCAGUCCCUGGAGAAUGAAGUCCUUCAUAGAGUAUAUUGCUGGAGAGCUGAGUCUGGAGGACCCCAAGGCUGAGUACCCUAACAUCUGUGCAGGAACUGACCGCUACGCCAUGUACAAGAUUGGCCCCGUGCUCUCCGUCAGCCAUGGCAUGGGUAUCCCCUCCAUCGCCAUCAUGUUACACGAGCUCAUCAAGCUCCUCUACCAUGCUCGCUGCACUGAUGUUACCAUUGUACGCAUUGGGACCUCCGGUGGAUUAGGCCUUGAGCCUGGCACGGUUGUUGUCACCAAGCAGUCAGUAGACGCCACCUUCCUGCCCAGGUUCGAGCAGGUCAUCCUGGGGAAUACUGUGGUGCGUAGCACGGACCUGGACCAAGGGCUGGCUGAAGAGCUGCUGCAGUGCAGCAAGGACCUGGGUCAAUUUGAAACGGUCGUAGGAAACACCAUGUGCACCAUGGAUUUCUAUGAAGGACAAGCUCGUCUGGAUGGGGCCUUCUGUUCCUACACAGAGAAGGAUAAACAGGACUACCUGACCAAGGCCUAUGAGUCUGGGGUUCGCAACAUCGAGAUGGAGUCUUCCGUGUUUGCUGCCAUGUGUAAACUCAGCGGUCUAAAAGCGGCCGUGGUGUGUGUGACUCUACUGGACCGUCAGAAAGGGGACCAGCUGAUCAGCUCUCAUCAAGUUCUCCACAGCUACCAACAACGUCCUCAGAUACUGGUCGGCCACCUGAUCAAGAAGAUGCUCCAAGCCUCAGGCUCUAGCAAAAGCUAGGCUCUUGCUUUUUAUGUUACUUAUGAAAGGCCCCUUGUACACAGAGUAUACAAAACAUGAAGAACACCUUCCUAAUAUUGAGUUGCCCCC